GCAAGCACCAAGGAGCCAAACUUGCUCUACUCUUUAGCCUCUGCCAAGAAGAAGUAGUACUCCUCUUUUCUCUGAAGAAACCAAACUUCCAAUCAACAACACCAAAAAGUUUCAGACACAGAGAGUUCAGCAGCAGCAAAGCAAUGGCAGACUUCUCACCACACCACUCUCUCCUCCUCAAGGCUACUGCUGCUGGAGCAGCCAUCGCCACCACCAAUGACCCCAACAUCUCAAGCUUCUUCCUCUACAACCACAGCCAUGGCUCCCAAGCUCCACAACCUGCCAAUGCAGCAGCAGCAGCCAUUGUGGAGGAUGCCUCAUUGGAGAGCUCAGUGUCUGCAGUUCUUGACACCUCUCCAUCUGUGGACAGGAAGAGGAAGGCAGCAGAAGACAGUGCACACUCCAAGGAUAGCUGCAAGGAUGGCAAGAGCAGGAGAGGGAAGAAGGCCAGCAAAGAAGUGGAGGAGAAGAGCACCACUGAAGAUGAGCCUCCAAAAGGGUACAUCCAUGUGAGGGCAAGGAGAGGACAGGCAACUGAUAGCCACAGCCUUGCAGAGAGGGUGAGGAGGGAGAGGAUCAGUGAGAGGAUGAGGAUGCUGCAAGCACUGGUCCCUGGUUGUGACAAGGUUACUGGAAAGGCUCUCAUUUUGGAUGAGAUCAUCAACUAUGUACAGUCGUUGCAGAACCAAGUUGAGUUCCUAUCCAUGAGGAUUGCUUCAAUGAGCCCAGUGUUGUAUGGCUUUGGAAUGGACAGCGAUGGCCUCCAUGACCAAAAGAUUGGAGGCAUGUUCCAAGAAGCCCUUGCAAUGCCUAAUCCAGUACUGAACCAAUCAAGCCCAGCUCCAUCUCAAGCUAUCAUGGACACAACCUCAACCACAUCCUACUCACUGCAAAGCCAGCAUGGAGCCAUCUCUUUCUCUCAGGACAAUGGCAGUUACCUGAUGCAAGCAGUGGGGGAGCCAAGGCAGCAGGAGAUGCUCAAUCAAUUGGUGUUCAACAACAUGUGCUCUUUCCAGUAGGGGAAGAGUGACAGAGAAAGCAAGAAAAAAGGACCCCACAUUGACAAUAGGAGGAAAUAAUAAUGCUGCAAGAUUGGUAGGAGCAUGCAAUGCACCAGAUAAGUUUGAGAUGUUGGAUCUAGUCCAUCCCCUUGUCUGGAGGCAGUCUACAACAUUGUAAGAGGAUUUUGGAGGGAAGAACAGCAAGCGAGUAGAGUUUUCUACACAUUUUUCAGAGACUUUGUAAUAUUUUGUAGCUCCUUAUUUGGUUAGGUUCUGCCCAUGAAGAUUUCCUCAACGGCUGCACUGCCACCACCAUUGUACUCUACUUCAUGAAAUUAUUUUGUUAAUAUAAAAAGAGAGCUAUUGCUACUGUUCCUAA